CUUUCUUGACCCCUCAUCAUUCCUUCGCUCUCAACACAUCCAUCAUGGUUCUCCUAGUUACUUCUGAUAAUGAGCAGUUCACCGCCGACAAGGAAGUCGUUGAACGCAGUGUUCUCAUCAAGAACAUGCUCGAGGAUGUCGGUGAAUCGGACCAGCCCAUUCCUCUCCCCAACGUUUCGUCUGCAGUGUUGAAAAAGGUUCUUGAGUACUGUGAACACCAUCGUGGCGAACCCCUACCUGCCCCCGAUGCCGAUCAGAGUCAAGAUGACACGCGUAAACGCACGACCGAUAUCAGCGAGUGGGACCAGAAGUUCAUCACUGUCGAUCAGGAAAUGCUCUUUGAGAUUAUACUCGCUGCGAACUACCUUGACAUCAAGUCGCUGCUCGAUGUCGGCUGCAAGACCGUUGCGAACAUGAUCAAAGGGAAGACACCAGAAGAAAUUCGUAAGCUCUUCAAUAUCGUCAAUGACUUCACUCCCGAAGAAGAGGCUCAAAUCAAGAAGGAAAAUGAAUGGGCUGAGGAUCGGUAAAGAGUAUUCGUGUAUAUUUCGUUGUGUCACAUAACCCCUUUCUUUUUGAUCCGACAUGUAUUUUUCGCCGACUCAAUCAUAGUAUGAUCUUGCACGCCCAGGACGGACUUCGUCUACUUGGGAG